AUGAGUCUCAAUCCGAUGAUUGCCAAGCAGAAGCCAAAUGGCAAUAUCCAAUGUUUGGUGUGCAAUACAGAGAUUAAACCAAAGAUUUGGACUGCUCAUGUGAACGGAAAGAAACACAGAGAAAGUAUCGAUAAAUUAAGAUCAAGCGCUCAAAAAAGAGGGAAGGAGAGUUCGGCAAGAAGUGCAGAUGAACCGCCGAAUAAAAAACAGAAAGAAGUAUCCGAACAAGGUCCACUCACUAUUCCAUCUGACUUUUUCGACGAGGAAGACAGUACUCCAUUCCGAAAAGAUGAAUCUAAAGCAAGUAUUGGCGGACACAAUGCCAACCUGAUCGAGGGUGUUCCUGCUGGUUUCUUCGAUGACAAACGAUUAGAUGGAAAUGUGAGAGAAACUCGUGAAAGGAAUGCGGAAUUAGAUGCAGAAUAUGAACGAUGGAAGGAAGAAAUCGGAGAAGAACAGGUGGAUCAAGAUGCAAAAGCAGAAGAGAUGGAGGCAGCCGUACAAAGAGAGCUUGAGCUGGAACGGAUCGAUGAACAAAUGGCGGCUCUAAAGAAGCUGAAUGACAUGGAGAUUCAGAAAGAGAAACGGUUGAAUCAAGCAAAAGAACGACGUAUGAAAAGAGAAGAGCAAGAGGAAGAAUCGGAUGAUGAUGGAGAGGAUAUUGAUAUCGAUUCGCUCGAUUGGAGAGCAAAAAACAUUUUUUCUUAA